ACUAGAAUAAUGGGGAAAGUUCCAUCAGCUGAAAAUGACAUCAAUUACACAAGCUAUCACUAAAAAAUCCCAAUUACAUUUACGUGGCCUACAAAAAUGAUCUUGAGAGGGUUUUAUGUUGGUGAGUGUAAUAAAUCCUUGACAACUAAGAACUGGAAUGUAGUAAUCAUGAUUCUUAUUUUUUGUAACAUUGAGUUCAUUCCUACUUGUUCUCGGUAUGCCUUUUUUUUUUGUUUUGUUUUUCUUGCUCACUACACUUGGCUAAUUAAGCAUGGUUUUCAAACACACCUUCUCGAGUUGGGUAGUUUUUUUUCUGAUCUUAGUUUGAUUAUCUGUUUUUUUUUGUUAAUUAUGCAUCUUUUCUGUGUUACUCCUUUUUUUAGAUAGAAUCCUUACGAAUUUGUGUGGAUAUGUAAUCAAUGAAUCUGUCACGGCUGAUGGGUGACCGGAGGAGAAGGAAAUAUUUAAAUCAGUCUGAC